AUGGCAGCCCAAGUGGAUAACAUGACCAUGACGUACGCCUUUUCCUCUGUUUAUUAUUUGAGGACCAACAUUGGACUUUUUACGAGGUUUGGUGGACGAAAGAAGAUUUUAUGGGGAUGGGAUAGCCUCAAUUGA